CGAUCAUUUACCGCCAGAACGUCACAACGUCAACAAAACGAGUUCACUUCCUAGUUCCUACUGGUGCCCUAUUCCCUAGUAAUAAAACAAUAAAGUGCAGUGCAGUGGUUUUUUUUUUAUUUUAUCGGAUCAAUUAAAUCAACGAUGCGCGUGUGUAUAGUCGGAGCUGGUGCGGCUGGACUUUGCGCUGCACGCCACCUCCUCAUCGAGCCAUGCGUGACAGAGGUCGAUGUGCUGGAACAGUCCUCACAGCUGGGCGGCACUUGGGUGUACACAGAGACCGUGGGAUAUGAUGACUUUGGUCUUCCAAUACACACCAGCAUGUAUAAAAGUCUCAGAACAAAUCUUCCCAAAGAAAUAAUGGGUUUCCCAGAUUUUCCCAUCCCCGAAAGCGAGAGGUCAUAUUUGCCGGCCAAGGAUAUGCUUGCAUUUUUACAACUUUACGCUGAAAAACACGGUGUAUCGGAACACGUUAAAUUUAAACACCAUGUACAGCUGAUAAUACCAAAGCAAGGCGCCACUGCGGAGUUAUGGGAUGUAACGUAUAAGGAUCUCAUAACUGGUGUGACGACAACAAAAGAGUACGAUUACGUGUUCGUGUGCAACGGACACUAUAAUACGCCUUUCAUACCAAAUAUACCAGGACUUAAGGAAUUUGAAGGUGAUGUCAUGCACAGUCACGACUACAGAGUGCCAGAUAUAUUCAAAGGAAAGCAAGUUCUGGUAAUCGGAGCCGGCCCAUCCGGCAUGGACAUCGCACUGGAGAUCACGAGCAUGACGGAAAAAGUGAUCCUCAGCCAUCACCUCAAAGAGCAGCCGCGGUCCGUGUUCCCAAGUAACCUCACACAGAAACCAGACGUUGAGAAACUUGAAGGACGCACUGCGUACUUCAAGGAUGGAAGUCAAGAGGAAAUCGAUGUUGUCUUUCUAUGCACUGGAUACCUCUACAACUUUCCGUUCCUACACGAGUCGUGCAACAUCGUAGUAGAAGAUAAUUGCGUCGAGCCGCUGUACAAGCACCUCGUCAAUAUACAACAUCCCACGAUGUGCUUCAUCGGUGUCCCCUACUACGUGUGCGCCUUCUCAAUGUUUGAUUUGCAGGUGCGGUAUUACGUGCGGUCGAUGAAUGGUACAUUCAAGCUGCCAUCCCGAGAGGAGAUGACGCGUCAUUGGGAACAAGAGAAGUCUGAACGAGCUUCACGUGGGUACACGCGCCGACAAGCGCACAUGAUGGGACCCGAUCAGGAAAAGUACUACGCUUCACUCGCUACAGAAGCCGGCACGGAGAGCAUACCGUCAGUGAUAACGAAGAUAAGGGAAGAGAGUUCACUGCGCUUCCUCCACAACCUACAGAACUACCGACAAGACGUCUACAAGAUUAUAGAUGACGACACGUACGAAAUUAUAAGUAAUGGUAAACGGGAAAUUCUCUGUUGACCUCGAAAGCAGACAUAAGGUUUAAUAACACGCGUAAGCUAAGUUUGCCUGUCUUUAAAAUAUAUGACAACUCAAAUAAUUGUAUACGAGUGCGAACUGAGAAUUACAGUAAUGAUACAAAUUAUCCAAUAUUGUAAAUUAACUGACUAACCCCCCCCCCUUUAGUUUCUUACAGAUUCUCACUCUUCUGUUUUUUAACUGAUCGUUACUAAUUUCAAAGCGGCAAACUUAGAUUGCGCGAUAUAUAAGUUACGUUAAGGCUUAAAUAGGUGUUGUACUAAAUUAAUUAA